UUAAAGGUUCUGAUCCUCCUAUAGAGUUUUUUCUACCCAACGAUAAUGAAUAUGAUUCUGAAGAAACUCUUGAUCUUUUUGAAUAUGAUUUGGUUAAAAUAUUAGAUGAAGAGCAAAAUGAAACAUUAUCAAGCGAUAUAGAGAUGGAAAAAGAUGAUGAUGUUUUAUUGGAAGAAGAGUAUAAUGAUGAUAUUAUAAUUUGCGAUGAUAUAAAUAAUUUACAAAAAAUAAGAGAAAACUUACGAAAUAAAUUACAUGCUAAUAAAUAUUUCAUGGAAGAAAUAAUACCAAAGUUAGUUCUUUGUAAGUGUGGUAAAAAAAUCUGGUUAGAUCGAGAUUUUAGAGACAAAAAUCUUACAACACAUGAUGAAUUAAGUAAUUGUAAAUAUAGCGGAAAAGGACAACAAAGUAUUAAAGUUUUUUUUAAACCUAAAAAAAGUAAAAAUGAAGACGAAAAUAUAAUUGUCAAAAAAGUUCCAUGUAAAGGAUUAUGUGAAGAAAAGUAUCGAAAAUAUGUAUUUAAUAGUCCUGCUGAAUUUGGAGGAUCAGUUAGACUUGACAUAGCCGCAAGAGAAUUAUUUCUGAAACUGUUAAAACAAAACUUAGAUUAA